AUGGCGCCAUCCGACUCUGGGGCCAAGAAGACCAAGAAUGAUGAUCUCUGGUUCUCCAUAUCUAGGAGCGCCAGGCAGGAGCAGGAGCGAAUACGAGAUCCUGACCAGCAGACAGCCUACCAAGCAACAUCCACCCGGCACCGUACCCAUCGAUCACUAUCCCCUGUAAGGCUUUCCACGGUCCCAGCAAUAUGUACUACCGAACCUGCCAACAAACCUCUACCGCCGUCCUAUGCUGCUAAGAAGAAGCGCACGCCCAUGUCCCUUCGCUCUCUAAUCCAACGUAGGCCAGCGGAGCAACAAGCGGACCCAUCAUCUUCUCACCUUAACCUGGAACCUUCUCAGCGUCAACGUGCUUCCUCCGCCGGUUCACACCUAUCACCAAAUCAAUAUCAGGAUCCUCCCUAUUACCAGUCCUCUCGAAGCAUGCCUAGUUCGCCUCUAGGCUCGCGCUACCCGGAACAGACGCCCUCCAUGGCCCGCACCAGUUCAGCAGCAGGGAACUAUUCGGACCCCUAUCAGAGACAAUCAUAUCUAGCACAACAAGAACCGUCUUCACAUCUUACCCAGUACGCCGAAACUACUACUCCCACAACAACUACACACCAGUCCCAACGACCUCACACAUGGCUCUCCCCCACCGACUCCAACGAACCAUUCCAUGACGCAUCGGAAGUGCACCUCUUUGUAGAAGCUACUUGCGGUCUCCCGGACGGAAGCAUGGAUUUCUCUUCAUUCUCACCGGCCAGCCCUCCCUAUCUCCAAGGUUCACUGUUUUCUCGAGGGAGACAGGCAGAUCGGAUACCUCUCCCCACCCAGGACUCCUCGACGACGCGCUCAGGAUCCACUGGCUGGCAGCGAAUGGGUUACGAUUACGUGCCUGCACGUCCACACACUUCGUCACUAUCUCCAAGCCCUGCAGUACGCACCUCACCUCGCCGCGGUUCUGUAAACCCGAUUAACCUUGAACUGGAGAGGCUGGGCAUGAGCGAGGAUGACGAGGCGGAGGAUGAUGAGUUGCCGAAUUAUGCGCAGAGCCAGGCGGAGAUGAGCGCGAGAAGGAGAAGUGAGGCUGCGGCUAGGGCGAGGGAGUUGGAGGCUAGGUGGAAUAAUUCGAGGCGUUGA